CCCUCGUGACACUUUUCUUCCUUCUUCCGGUUCCCUGAGCUGCUUCGUGAUGUCUCAGGCAGUCCAGAAACUUGUUGCAAAAGUACCAACUUUAGUCGGUGCCGCCGUCACGUUCUCCAAACCCCGGCUCGCGACCUUCUGGCGCUACGCGCGCGUGGAGCUCCCCAAAGCCCUGGAGGCGGCGAAGGGCCUCGUGCACAGCUUCCGGUCAGGACGCGUGGGACAAACGACAGUAAAGGAUGCCUUUAGGAAUGGACUCGUGGCCACCGAGGUGCUGAUGUGGUUCUACAUCGGAGAGUGCAUUGGCAAAGGAGGCAUUAUUGGAUACGAUGUCUAAAUGUCGUACUGUUCUUUUCUCUUUUUGCACUUCGGUCACAUUCUCAACUACAUGCACCAUAAAAAUAAACAAUAAGACGUGUAUAUAC